CCGCAACUCCGUACCCCACGUCUAACACUAUUCAUCACCCCUGUACUCCUCCAAAUAGCUACGAAUUAUGCCCCUGCAACGAGACUACGCCAUCCCCGCAGAUGCGCGGCAAAUCGCCGAGAUUCACAUGGCGGCAUUCGGCGCCAACGCCAUGCUCCAAGCGACGUUCCCCACCCCCUCCGUCCGCGCGGCCCUCCACGAGACCAUCCGAGCCAAGGCGGCAGCGGAUAUCCAAGACCCCAGGAUCACGGUGCUCGUGGUGAGGGAGUCGGAUACAUGCACGCAGCAGCCGCAUACUGUUCCGAGAGUCGUUGCGUUUGCCAAAUGGUCACAUCCCGUCCGGCAGGGCGAGGACUACACCGAGUCGCCUUGGGUGUGGCCCGAAGGAACCGACCGCGCCAUAUUAGACGCCUGGACGAAUGCGACGGAGGAAGCGCAGGAGAGGGUGUUGGGCGGCAGGCCUUGCUAUCGCCUUACGUUUCUAGGCACUGAUCCGGCCCAUGAGAAACGGGGAGCUGGGUCGUUGUUGGUCCGGUGGGGAAUAGACCGGUCCGGGGAGGAUGGUGUGCCUCUUUACUUGGAAAGCACGCUUGAAGCAGCACCGUUUGAUCAGAACCAUGGUUUCGUUUCUCGUGAGAAGGUGUCGGUGCGAAUGGGAGGCGGCGGAAACUGUGUGCCAGAGCUAUACGAGGAAAUAAUCUUCAUCUUUGAGCCAUAAAGGAGAAGUUGAGUGGGGACCAUGUCAUCAUUGACGGUCUACUGUGAGGUUAAGGUAGGAUGGAUAAUGGCUCCAUGAUUAUGAGGCGGCGU